AAAUGGUAUAUAAACGGAAGAGGGGGGUUGCUGCAGACAAAAAGGAUGCAGCAGAGAUAAAGAAGAAGGAUCCGAAGGAAGCUUGGGCGAAGUACUAGUGAGUUAUUUGUGGCAGUUAUUUUAGUGGUAAUAUUUUUUGGUUUUGAAAAUAAUAUUUGUAAUUCCAUUCCUUUAUUUAAUUGAUGCAGCCAAGCCAAUUUCUAUGCUUAUGCUGAUGCACACAAAGAAAAACCUAAAGCAGAUGUGCUUCGUAGUUUUAAGGAGCAAUUCAAGCUUCUUAGCGAUGAAGAGAUUGACAAUUGGGCUUCAUACGAAGUCGAGGCUUCCCCCUCCAAGGUUGGUGGUAGAGGGAAAGGGAAGAAGGUGAAGGAGACAUUAUCUGCUGAGCCAGGGAUUGACAACAACGAAGGUGUGGGGGACGUUCAAGUUUCUGGCCGUUGCUCAUUCGAGCGUUUGGGGAGAAUAGUCCCACUGCUCAACGAGGCUCAAAAAGAAAUGGUGAGAAAUGCCGGUUUCUCAACAUUUUUAAGGGAGGAUGCCCCGUACAUAGACGCUAAGAUAGUUAGUUGGCUGAUCGAUCACGUGGAUCCAACCACUUCUCGGCUGGAGAUAUUUGGAAGAACGAUCCAACUAUCCUCCAAGCUGUUUGAGGAUGUCAUGGGAAUCCGGGAUGGCGGAGAACCCGUGGCAACCGAAAGUGAGCGUGACCUGGUUGAGUUUGACGUCCUCUUCAAGGCCAAGGACUAUAGGUAUUCCCUGACUUUGCUGGAGAAUGAGCUCAGGGAAACCAGCGACAGUGACUACCUGUUUCUCAUUAAGUUUCUCCUUGUCUGUAUUGGAACUGUGUUGCUGCCGAAGAAUGGUACCGAGGUCAGCACUAGCUACAUGCAUUCUUUAGUUGACAUAAGGUCAAUUAAGAAGAAGAAUUGGGCGACUGCCGGAUAUCGAUAUCUAAUGAGCUCUCUACACCGGUACAAGACGAAGAACACCAAAAAUGUCUCCGGUUGCACGAUAUUUUUACAGCUUGUAUAUUUGACGCACGUAGACUGGACUGCUACUCACGUGGACCGAACUGUGGCUCCAAUUGACUUUUGGACCACAAAACACUGCAAGUCAGUGUACAAGUGGAUUCGAGACCAGGGUGGUCACACAAGUGGAAAGGUGAAGUUGACUAACACGUAUGUGUUACUGCCAAGUUUUGAAUCCGCUGCAGUUGGGCAACCCACAAAUGACGCAAUAUACAAAGCUGUGUGUGAGUUGAAAGAUGAGGUCUUCCGGCUUGAUUUGAAGGUGAGCAGCGCAAAAGAGCUGUUACUGAAGGUACUCUCCACUUACCUUGGGAAGGGGACUAUGAAAGAAGUGUUGGAGAUACCUGAGACGAGCAAAGUUCAGCGCUCGCUUUCGUUCAACGGGGAGACCGAGAAGAAGGAUGACGUGGGUGUCGAGGAAAAGGAUGGUGAAGGGACGAAGGAUCAAUUGGAAGAGGAUGUUGAUGAUGUAGAGAGUGUCCCUUCACUUAAUCUAUCAGAAGAGAAGGUCGUUGUUCCAACUAAGGUGGUUGUUUCUGAUGAUUCGUUUGAGGUUAUGAACUUUUGGGGAGAAGAUCUCCCCGCUAUUGUAAAAGAGGAAGUUGAGCAGACAGUGAAGGAUGAUUUUGAUGAUGCUGCGUUCGAAAGAUUCAAAGAAUCUGGAGGGAAGGUGAUUGGUCCGUUCACUGUGAAGAAGGGUUACUCAAAUCAACAGUACGAGUUGUUCCGUUACAUUUUCUCUAGCGCCAAUGAUCCGAGUGAAGUGUUAGCCCAUUUUGGGAAGGUUGAGGUCGAGCGGAGGUAUUUCAAAUGCAUGAAACCGGAGACCGAUAUAUCAAACAGUGUCAUUGAUUGCUUUGCUCAAAUCAUGAAUUUUCGAGAGAAGAAGCGCAACGGCAUUGGAAGUAAGAGAACUUGGUUUAUGCCCACCAGAAUUUCGAGCAAGUUACUUGGAAGAACGAUGACUGUGGAGAGGAUGGCGAAGGAGCAAGAGUGGUCCACUCUUUAUUACGAUGCAGAUUUGAGUUUAUGUCACACUAUGGUGGUACCCCUACUGGAUACCGAUAGUGCUCCGCACUGGUUUGCGGCGAAUGUGAGCAUGGUUAAUACAACAGUGGAAAUUAGGGACUCGUUGUCUUCUGCAAUGCAUAAGAGGUCACGUCGGAGCACCUGCGUAGAGAUGCUCCAGACUUUGGACCAAUUGUUUGCCCCUGUCAAUCCAGGAGACCUGAAUUUCAGCGAGUUUGUAAUUAUUUCUUCAAGCAAGGACUACCCACAACAACAAAAUGGCCACGAUUGUGGAAUGUUUGUAAUGAAGUACAUGGAAUCACUGUUCGAGGAAAAUGAAAUAUUGGAAGAGUUUGAUCCUAUUGAAGCCAGACUGGAUUGUGUUGGGAAAAUUGUCACCCACGAGAGUAACAAGGCUAAACAUGCUGUGAUGGAGGGAGUUAAGAAGCAAUUUGGAUUGAGCAAAACCAAAGUUCUUCCAUCAACAUCUACAACUAUACCAUUACGUAGUCCAUCAAGGUCUCCUCGAGACCCCCGAUUCAAGACAAAUAAGGCCGUGUCCGAAAACAUGUGGAGGCAAGAGCAAGUCCCCGAAAACACGUCAUUCUAA